AGCGCCUUUUGUCUGCACACGCGUAACGGCGCAGGGAAACCCCACGUCCGCCACGCGUGCAUCGACGGUGACGUAUCAUGUACAGUCUGACAGCGCGACUCCGCCGAAGGUGGAAAACAAAGCGCAAAAGCCCCCGCGUGAAACUGUCAGGUGAGUUGCGCGUGGAGUCCGCGUCGCUUUCGGCGAUGCUCGUCGAGAAGUAUCCCAGUUUACCUUUCUUCUGCGACCCGUGAUUUCUGCUCAUUUCCACAAAAGCCCAAGGCAUGACGACAUCAAGGGUUCGACACCUGCGAAAGGAGCCGAAUGGCACGGAAUGAAAUGAACUAUAUGCCUGUUUAUGCUUUCUACAAUCGUUAUUUACCUGUACUUUUGCGCUUUUUAAAUACCGCUAUUUUUCACAAUUGCGUAUGUCACUGUUGUCCUAAUCAGAGCAGCAAUUAUUUAAGUUUAAAGGCUUUUUUAACUAAAUAGACGCUGACAUCGCGCUUCGCGAACUCGUUGUUGUCGGUCACCAUCGAAACGGAGCGAUACGCCUCAAUUGAAUCGCAUCUCUUUUCUUCGAAGCGCCUUUUUCGCCGAAUGAAAACUGAGAAGAGCGCUUUAAUUGGACAAAGGGAUACCCGAGGACUCAACUAUGGUAAAAUUAGGGUACGUUACCUCACGUUCCAGUCACACAGAGUUCAGCGUCCCACAAAUUAGUCUGGCGUCACUUUACCGGACCCCGGAUCAUUUUUGAGGGAUUACGCGACGUAAACAAUCCCCCAUACUCGCGUUUGGAAACCGGAAACUGCUGUUUGGAUAAGUUUAUCGCUGGUGAGCGUUGCUGAUGUGAACCUAUCGCUGUGCGGAACCGUGCGUGCCCAGGGCGCACGGAGCGUGGCGGUAAGGUCAGCUUGAGCCCGCAAGGAUGCCGGUACGACGGGGCCACGUCGCGCCGCAAAACACUUUCCUCGACACGAUCAUCAGGAAAUUCGAAAGUCAAAGUAGAAAAUUCAUCAUAGCCAAUGCGCGGGUGGAGAACUGCGCCAUCAUCUUCUGUAAUGAUGGCUUCUGUCACAUGUGCGGCUACACGAGGGCUGAAAUCAUGCAAAAGCCAUGCACCUGCAACUUCCUGUACGGCCCACACACCAAGAGGCUGGCCAUCGCGCAGAUGGCACAGGCGCUGCUGGGGUCAGAAGAGAGGAAGGUGGAGAUAGCGCUCUACAGGAAGGACGGUGCGUGUUUCCUGUGUUUGGUGGAUGUGGUUCCUGUCAAGAAUGAAGAUGGCGUGGUGAUCAUGUUUAUUCUGAAUUUCGAGGUCAUGCCGGACGAUAAACUACACGACCCGCAGGAUCUCAAUCAUAAGCUGCCUGUGCUGUGGCGUCAUACAAAUCGAGCUCGUGGCAUCCGUUUACGUCUCCCGCUCCUGAACUCCAGGAAUAACAGUAAAUCUUCUCUGCGGGAGGAUCCGGAGGCCGGACGAGGAACGGGUUUCCCCAGCAGCUCCCGUCCGCAAAGCCACGAAUCCCUCGCUUUGGGCGAGCUGCUGUCUCUGCCUGAACACGAGCCGCCUCGUCUGCCUACCGCCUCCAGCACCGCCGUAGCCACUCCGUCCUCGCUGCUGCCCGAAGACCAGUGCAACCUCCUGGGCACCGACCCCUCGUCACCACCACCGGCCCCGCCACAUCCUGCCGCGCUGCCCCUGGGUCACUCCUCUCCCCGACCGCAUCGUCUCAAUCCGGACGCCUCCGUGUCCAACUGCAGCCUGACCAACAGCCGCUCACGCGAGAGCUUUCACAGCAUGCGGCGCGCAUCUUCGGUGGACGAUAUCGAGGCCAUGCGGCCCGAAUGGGACCGGAAGCACCGGACUCGACCCACCAGCAGCAGCACGGGUGCCAUGAACAACAAGUCCAGCAUCCUGAACUCUACCUCCGAUUCGGAUCUCAUGCGUUACCGCGCCAUCAGUAAAAUCCCACAGAUCACGCUCAACUUUGUGGACUUUAAACCGGACCCUCUCAUCGCCCUCCCGGCCGGAGAAAUGGACAUCAUCGCGCCCUGCAAGCUCAUCGACCGCACGCAUAACGUCACCGAAAAAGUCACUCAGGUGCUGUCGCUGGGCGCUGACGUCCUGCCGGAGUACAAGCUCCAGACUCCGCGCAUUCACAAGUGGACGGUGCUGCACUACAGCCCGUUCAAGGCGGUGUGGGACUGGCUGAUCCUGCUGCUGGUGAUCUACACGGCCAUCCUCACGCCGUACUCCGCCGCCUUCCUGCUCAACAGCGACGACGACGGCUCCGUGCAGAACUGCAGCUACUCCUGCAGCCCGCUGAACGUGGUGGAUCUCAUCGUGGACAUCAUGUUCAUCAUCGACAUCAUCAUCAACUUCCGCACCACCUACGUCAACGCCAACGACGAGGUGGUCAGCCACCCGCUGCGCAUCGCCGUGCAUUACUUCAAAGGCUGGUUCCUCAUCGACAUGGUGGCCGCCAUUCCCUUCGACCUGCUCAUUGACCGCACCGGGGAGGAGAUGAGCGCAGAGCCAACUCAACAGACCACCCUUAUCGGCCUUCUCAAGACGGCGCGUCUUUUACGUCUCGUCCGCGUUGCACGUAAACUGGACCGUUACUCUGAGUACGGUGCAGCCGUCCUCUUCCUGCUCAUGUGCACGUUCGCUCUGAUCGCUCAUUGGCUGGCCUGUAUCUGGUACGCCAUCGGGAACGUAGAGCAGAACCGCUCCAUCGGCUGGCUGCACUCGCUCGGCGUGGAUCUGGGGAAACCGUACAACAGCACCAUCAAGGGGUCGGGACCCAGCAUCAAGGAUAAAUACGUGACCGCUUUAUACUUCACCUUCAGCAGCCUGACCAGCGUGGGCUUCGGAAACGUGUCGCCCAACACCAACUCCGAGAAGAUCUUCUCCAUCUGCGUCAUGCUGAUAGGAUCGCUCAUGUACGCCAGUAUCUUCGGGAACGUGUCAGCCAUCAUCCAGCGGCUGUACUCCGGAACGGCUCGUUAUCACACUCAGAUGCUGCGGGUGAGAGAGUUCAUCCGCUUCCAUCAGAUUCCCAACCCGCUGCGCCAGAGACUGGAGGAAUAUUUCCAACACGCCUGGUCCUACACCAACGGCAUCGACAUGAACGCCGUGCUGAAGGGUUUCCCAGAGUGUCUGCAGGCUGAUAUCUGUCUGCAUCUGAACCGAACUCUCCUGCAGAACUGUAAAGCGUUCAAGGGCUCCAGUAAAGGGUGUUUGCGGGCGCUGGCCAUGAAGUUCAAGACCACACACGCCCCGCCGGGAGACACGCUGGUGCACGCCGGAGACGUCUUGACCGCGCUCUACUUCAUCUCCCGUGGGUCCAUCGAGAUCUUACGUGGAGAUGUUGUAGUGGCCAUCUUAGGGAAGAACGAUAUAUUCGGGGAGCCCAUCAACCUGUACGCACGACCUGGGAAAUCCAACGCAGACGUGAGAGCGCUGACAUACUGCGACCUCCAUAAGAUCCACAGAGAUGACGUGCUGGAGGUGCUAGACAUGUACCCGGAGUUCUCAGACCACUUCUGGAGCAACCUGGAGAUCACCUUCAACCUCAGAGACACCAACAUGAUUCCCGGAUCUCCCAGCAGCGAUGAUUCAGACUGCGUCGGCUUCAACAAACUGCGGAGGAGAAAGCUUUCGUUCCGACGACGGACAGAAAAAGAUGAUGCCGAUGCAGGAGAGAUCAAGAAGAAUCAGAAACCCGUCCGGAGAGGCAGAAAACAAGCAGCCAGUAACAAGAACGAACUCAAACCGGGGUGGGAGGGGCCUCGCAAUUCUAUCUCCUCCCACUCCAGUGGCGAUGAGGGGGAGGAGCCUGUGCACACAUGCCCCACCCCUCCCACAACACUCAUGGAUGUGACUGAAGGAGAGGGCGAUCCAAAAACAGGAAACACAUGCAACGCCCUAUCAGGUGCAUUCUCAGGUGUGUCUAAUAUCUUCAGUUUUUGGGGUGACAGUCGGGGGAGGCAGUAUCAGGAGCUGCCCCGCUGCAAUCUCCCGUCGCCCUCGCCGCAUCCCAGCACCCCCCUGCGCAGCAUCAGCCGGCAGCAGCGCAGCCAGAUGGAGAGCAGACUGGAGCUCCUGCAGAAACAGCUCAACAGACUGGAGAGUCGCAUGUCGACGGAUAUCGGCGCGAUCAUGCAGCUCCUGCAGAGGCAGAUGAUGCUGGUUCCUCCUUCUUACAGCAGCGUUUCCUCCCCGCCGCAGGCGUCCAUGUUCCCCGAGAUACUCGUGCAGCCCGUCACGCCGAUGGAGUCCAAAACACUGGCCUCCCUCUCACAGUCCUGCGAGUUUCUCAGCAGCGCCGCGGAGCUCCAUACAGCGGUCAGCGUCGCUCCUCGCGCGGGGUUCUCCAGCCUCGGAGCCCGACUUGAGCUUGUGCCCGACCUGGACGUUCACCGCCGCUUCUCGCUACAGGAGCCGCACACGUCGCUGAGCUCACAGACGCCACAGAAACACGGCUCAGACCCCGGGAGCUAGAGAGACCACCACCAGACCAGAGGACAACAAACCCGAUGAACCAGCUCUCUUUUCUGGCUUCUGGUUCUGGUUUUGCACUGCGGAGGGUUCGGAGAUUCACUGGAGGCGGUUUUACUGGUCUUUACUGCUGCCGUCCAGUAUCGGAUAUCCGUAAACGAAUAAUGAUGAUUAUUACCAAUUUCAAGUAGCCAUUAUGUCUUGCACUGAAUUUUUCCAGACUCUCUCGAUCUUUAUCUUCACGUCUGCCGCGCUUCCAAAACUGACUGAACUCGUUAGUGUUAGCUGGCCUAACAGAAGAAAAUCAUUCUAAUAAUAAUAACCUGAUGUGUUCUGUCUGUCUGUCCUGUCAUUGCCUUCAUUUUCUGUGCGUCGACGAAGAAGGCGGAGCCUAGGGGCCCCGCCCAAGCACACUGGAUUGGCUGGACUGGGUGAUUGGCGGGUGAUUAAAGCUAUGCCAUUACUGAUGAAGCAUAUCAUGUGUUUGACACUGGAUGAACAAUAUGCAACGAAUCGAACGCGCGCCACGUCCCGCUUGGCUUCCGUUCGUUUUGUUUUAACGUGGCGUGAUUUUUAUAGUUAGAACACAUUAGCUUUAGCAAUACCGAAUCCUUUAAACCACGAACGAAACCAAAUAUUGAAGAUUGGGUCGGACCAAAUGUUUUUUUUGUUUGGUUUUUCCUCUUCGUCUGUGGCGUUUACGGCCUGCAGCCACAGUCAUGUGAUUAUCAAUUAUUAUUUGGUACAGUUAUGAGCUCUCGAACUCCAAGAUGAAUUAAAAACAAACGUUUUGGUUUGGUUUUCCGUUGACGUGUGGACCAAUGAGGAAAAGAAACUUUACAUAAGCUCUUAAGCAUGCGAUAAUAAACACUUUAAUAUUUAGCCAUUUAUUUUAUAUCAGACUUUACCAUUAUUAUAUUUAAAUGACUAUAAUAUUUAAUAUAAGCAUUCUUGAGGAAGGAAGAUUAUUAGCAUGAGAACGUGUUGUGCAUCGAUCAUGACCGCGAUUGUAUCAUUCUGCCUCUAGGCUUGAAAUUAGAGGUUUUUAAUUGUGAUUUAUGUUUUGUUGAAACCAAAUAUUCGAUCUAAUUUGAAUUUAACUGGUAAACUGAACGUGAGGACGGUCGAUUUCAGCACGUCUGAUCAAACGUGUGUCUGAGUCAGUGUGAAAGAGCUGUUCAACACUACUGCAGUAAAUAACAACAUUCACUUUGACUUUGAUUAGUGCAGGAGUUUGCACAUGUUUAUCUACGUCAUAUUUGUUCUUCUUUUUAUUGUUAUUAUUAUUAUAUUAGUGUCUGUGUAUAAGAGUCUUUUCGUCACCAUAUACGGGUGAAUCUCACAAUAACAUCCAGGUCAAAUUGUACCUAUUUAUAAAAAGCAAAGAGAAAAAAGAUAUAAUAUUGGCAUAAAGACAAGAAAAUCCAUUUUUAUAGUUCUUGUUAUUCUUAAUGAUUAUUCUCUUUGAGAAUAUUAUAAAUAAUAAUCAUUAAACAUCAUUAUUUUGUUUAAACAAUCAUAAAUUAAGGCCAACAAAUGCUAUUUUAGUGUAAUACAUUUAAAUGUAAUUAGUUUUGAAACUCAGUAAAAAAAUAAAAUAAGAGAAAAUUGAGGGGGAGAAACUGAUAACUGGUUUUAUGAUGUUGAUGUGUGUAAAAAUCAUAGAAUCAUUUUUUUGUUUUGUUUUUUAGUUGUUAGUUUGUUUUGUUUUGUUUUUCCAUUAUGGAAGUUUCAAAACGAAUUAAAUAUUUUUUUUCUUUAAAUAUUAAUCAGUAAUAAUAAUAUAUUUUUUUAAAACCUCAUCAUAAGUUAAAGCCAACAAAGGCGGUUUUAGUGUAUAAAUAUUCAGAAAUUUAUAUGUAAUUUUGAAACUCAGUUCUGAAACUCAGUAAAAAUAAAUUAAGAGAAAAUUGAGGGGAAAAAACAGAUGAAAACUGAUUUUAUGAUACUGAUGUGUAUUUCAUAGGAUCAAGUUUUGUUUUUGUUUGUUUGUUUAUUGUUUUCCAAUUUGGAAGUUUUUUUGUGACAAUUUUUUUCAAUUUUUUUUAUACUGAGUUUCAAAACUAAUUUUAUAAAUUUUUUCUUUAAAUAUCAAUCAGUAAUAAUAAUUAUUAUUUUUAAACCUCAUCAUAAAUUAAAGCCAACAAAUACUGCUUUAGUGUAUAAAUAUUUAGAAAUUUAAAUGUAAUUAGUUUUGAAACUCAGUAGAAAUAAAUGAGAAAAUUGAGAGUAAAAAUACUAAUGUGUAUUUCAUAGGAUCGUGGGGUUUGGUUUUGUUCUUUUUGUUUGUUUGUUUGUUUGUUUGUUUUGUUUUGUUUUCCAUUAUGGAAGUUUUUUGUGACUUUUUUUUUUUUUCAAUUUUUUUAAAUACUGAAUUUCAAAACUAAAUUAAUUUUAUUUUUUUCUUUAAAUAUUAAUCAGUAAUAAUUAUUAUUAUUUUUAAACCUCACCAUAAAUUAAAGUCAUAUUAAAUAUUUAGAAAUUUAAAUGGAAUUAGCUUUGAAAAUCAGUAAAAAAAUAAAUUAAGAGAAUUAAUUAAUUAAUUAAUUAAUUAAUUAAUUAAUUAAUUGAGGGGGAAAAACUGCCUUGACAAAUAAAAAACUUGUUUGUUUGUUUUUUCCAUUAUGGAAGUUCUUGUGCCUUUUCUAUACUGAGUUUCAAAACUAAUUAAAAAAAAAUUCUUUAAAUAUUAAUCUGUAAUAAUUAUUAUUUAUAAACUUCAUUAUAAAUUAAAGCCAACAAAUACUGUUUUAGUGUAUAAAUAUUGACAAUGAAAAUCAUAAACUUAGAGAAAAAAAUACCUGAUACGUGAUCUUAUGAUCCUAUAUAUAUUAGGAUUUUUUGUGAGAUUCACCCUCACAUGGCUGUAGUAUUUGUUUGUAAAGUUGUGUUGCUCGCAGGUGGAGAAAUGAAACAUUUAUUUUUCGUCGGUUUGCUGGUUUGUUUGUUUGUAAUCAAGGAUUGCUCUUAAUCUGUGUCAGCUGACUGUGAGCGCAGAAAUUCGGCUUCAUUGUCCUAAUGCUCAGACAGUAAUUAAUGGAGGUUACAUAACAACAGUACUGUGUUUCAUCCUGUGAUUAAUCUCCACAUCACUGUUCCGUGGAUGUUUCUGACACGUUUGGAUGACGAUCUGUCCGGCUGAA